AUGCUGUGGAGAAUAACUAUUCCCGUCAUAUUGGCUGGGGUCCUCUGCAUGACUGCAGACACCAAAAAAACACGUCCCCAGGGCUCCAUUCCAUCCCCGUACAAAAACAAAGGAAACCUGUCCGCAGAACGCCACCACAGGUUAUUGCAACAGAAGCCAGAGGUCCUUUCCUCCAGCCGAGAGGCCUUGGUUGUGACGGAGCGCCGUUACCUCCGCAGAGACUGGUGCAAGACCCAGCCCCUCAGACAGACCAUCAGUGAAGAGGGAUGCCGCAGCCGUACGGUGGUAAACCGUUUUUGCUACGGCCAGUGCAACUCUUUCUACAUCCCGCGACAUAUGGGCCCCGGCUCCGGUCAGGGACAGAAUCGAGGCCAGGCUGCGGGCUCUGGAAGGAAAAGCCACGGCAAAGCCCAGGAGCCCUUUCAGUCCUGCUCCUUCUGCAGGCCACAUCGCAUCACACAGCUUACAGUGCAGCUAGACUGCCCAGACCUGCAGCCCCCUUUCAGAUACCGUAAGGUGCAGAGGGUCAAACAGUGUCGCUGUAUGUCCGUGGAUGUGAGUGGUCAUGGGAAACUGUAA